AUGGCUGCCCGUCCCUUGGCCAGGGCUGUUGCCCGUCACCUAUCCCAGUCAGCUUCUGCCGUCUCUCGGAGGUCGUUUGUUGCGGCUGCAAGCUCUCGUCCAACCCUGGUCGCUGCCGGCAGAGCUGCCAUUGCCUCCCCGGUCACGCAGCAAAUCCGAGGUGUCAAGACCAUCGACUUUGCCGGCACCAAGGAGACCGUCUACGAGCGGGAGGACUGGCCACGCGAGAAGCUCCUGGAGUACUUUAAGAACGACACCCUCGCCCUCAUCGGAUACGGUUCCCAGGGCCACGGCCAGGGCCUUAACCUGCGUGACAAUGGUCUUAACGUCAUUGUAGGUGUCCGAAAGGACGGUGCGUCGUGGAAAGAGGCCAUCCAGGAUGGCUGGAUCCCCGGCAAGAACUUGUUCGAUGUCACCGAGGCCAUCAAGAAGGGAACCAUCGUCAUGAACUUGCUCAGCGAUGCCGCCCAGAGUGAGACAUGGCCUACCAUCAAGCCUCUUCUUACUAAGGGAAAGCAGACACUUUACUUCUCGCACGGCUUCUCUCCUGUCUUCAAGGACCUGACUAAAGUCGACGUGCCAAAGGACAUUGAUGUCAUCCUGGUCGCACCCAAGGGCUCUGGCCGAACCGUUCGCUCUCUCUUCCGUGAAGGCCGUGGUAUCAAUUCUUCCGUUGCCGUCUUCCAGGAUGUAACCGGAAAGGCCGAGGAAAAGGCCGUGGCUCUCGGUGUUGCUGUUGGUAGCGGAUACCUCUACAAGACCACCUUUGAAAAGGAGGUGUACUCUGACCUCUACGGCGAGCGUGGUUGCUUGAUGGGUGGCAUCCAUGGCAUGUUCCUCGCCCAGUACGAGGUCCUUCGCGAGAGAGGCCACAGCCCCAGCGAAGCCUUCAACGAGACUGUCGAGGAGGCUACCCAGAGUCUGUAUCCUCUUAUUGGUGCCAAUGGAAUGGACUGGAUGUACGCCGCCUGCUCCACGACUGCUCGCCGUGGUGCCAUUGACUGGAGCAGCAAAUUCAAGGACACCCUCAAGCCCGUCUUCAAUGAACUGUAUGACAGCGUGAAGGAUGGUAAGGAAACCAAGCGCUCGUUGGAUUAUAACUCGCAGAAGGACUACCGAGAGAAGUACGAGAAGGAGAUGCAGGAGAUCCGCGACCUAGAGAUCUGGAGAGCCGGAAAGGCUGUCAGGUAA